GUUGAUUUUCCCCAAGCAGCACUUUUCCUUUUACUUUCUCCAUCCCGCGAUUCGCCUUCUGCCUACCGGCAUACACCCCGUUACCUCACUGGUUAGCCUGGCACCGCAAGCGCCAAUGCAAGCCUCAACACCGUCGCCGACUACUAUACAGACACCGACGCUGUCUUUCCCCGAUACCCCACAGAUGGACGAGACCCCGAAGACGGCCGUAUUGCGUACUCCUCGAGCGACUUUCGAUGGUGGUGAGGUCAGAAUAGAAGGAAGCGUCUCUGGGAGCGAAAGAGGGAGCAUUGAUAUGGGUACAGCGAAUGGAGAAAGGAAAGACAAGGGAAAGGAAAGAGCAGUUGAGAGUGCGGAAGAUAAGGAUGAAGAAGAGACUGGAUUCGACAUGGAACAGCUCACAAGAUUACAGUCAAGAGUGAACGAGUUGGAGGCCAAUGGAAAGACAGGGGAUGAGUGGGUGCAAAGAGAUGAGCUACUGGGAAUGGUCAAGACUCUUUUACCGCUUACUCUCAAUCAUUUGCCAUUUCUGCAAGAGCGUUUAGCAGCGCAGAAAAGCACUAUUGCGACCAUGCAGCAACAGGCCAAAAUUUCGGAACAGCUCAUGGCUACCGAGCGAGAACGACAUGCUGUCGAGAGAGAUUCAUGGCAUAAAGAGAUGCGGGCAGUCAUGGUUUCAAAAGAGGAGGAAAAAGUUUCAAACAAACGAAAAGUAUUGGAUUUGGAUGUUGGUUAUCACAAGGAGCUCGAAGCGGCGAACAAGAGACUGGAAAUGGACAACAGAUUGAUGGCACCCAGAUUGGUUGACACCCAAAGACAAAUCGACCGACUUGUCAACGAACUCCGUCUUCUUAGACCGCAUGUCAUUCUUAACACCUCAGCUCUUACUUCCAAGCCUACAGAAUUAACACCCGCAACUUCUGCGCCGCCCGUUUUUCUCCCUCAGUAUAUGCCUCAGCUCGAAAAUAGCAAGGGUAUUCAUCGAUCUAGCCGUGCGACUAUGGGGGACGCCAGAACUGAACAUCUUCUGUUAGCUGCCAAGGCUAUCCGAAGCAUGCGCAAGACCAACGACCGAUUAGGCCGUUUAACCAUGGGCGAGCUGAAGAAAGCUGGCGUUGUUGGUCCAGAGGGAGGAAUGGGUUACAAGGAAGGCUAUGGCGAACAACCAAUGUCGGAUGUCGAGGAGGAUGCUAGUGAGGAGGAGCCGCUCAUCGAUCAGCGAGCUAGCGGGUCCGUAACCAAGGGUAAAAGCAAAUCCCAGGCCACACCACUUCUCUCUCGUACCAAGCGAAGUACCAAGAAGAAUGUGCAAAAUGCCAGUAUAAGCACCAUUCCGCAAACUCCCUCUAAAUCCCGUACGACCGGGCAGUCAUCCUUACCUCAAACGACGCCUGGUGGUAGCAACUUUAACGACCUCCUUCGUGCUGCCGAGAUGGCGACUCGUCCAAACUCACCUGUACAUGGAGAACCCAUCUUAUCGACUCUUUCAGCUACAAGAAGUACAACUCGCCCAAGACCGGAUAGCAGUGAUAUUGAACGAGGGAGUCCGAAGAGACGGCGAGGUGAUGUGUGGGAAGGUGGCGGGUCUCACAAGGCGCAUCAGCAUUCGGCUUCAGCAGGAUCGGCUUCCGCGCUCGACUUAUUAGCACAAGCAAGCCAGCUAGAUGUCGCUAGCUCUACCGCUCCCAGCUCCGUAGUGCAAAGCAGUCCUGCCGUUCCUCUCACAUCUUCUACUCCCCAAUUUGGCGGAUUGCUCGAGAAGGACUCCAGUCCAAGAAGCCAUGGUUCAAGUCUGGGCGCACCUAUCGACCUCACUCCUCGAAAUCGAACAAUGGCCAACGUUCGUUUGAAGGCCCACCCUGCAUCAGACGAUUUUGUGGUUGAUCCCUCAUUACAAACCCCCACUCACCGCAUACGGGGUUCAUCUACAACUUCCGAAUCCCUAACUCCUGCCAGAGGCUACGCCUCUAGUCAAAUUUACCCAACUCCCGGUGGCGAGCUUGAUGAGCGGUUACCUCCGGCAGGUGCCUCUUCCUCUGCGAUAAAUCCUACAUCUACUCCCGGCGUUAUCUCUGAAGGCGGCGGUGGUCCCGGUGCCGGAAACGGAAACUUUGCGAGUCCAUCUGGUAAGGUCGUGCCCGGUCUUGGCAAGUACUGGCAUUACACUAGCGAAAUGCCGAUCAAGAGGGUCAGGUCACCAUACUUGAAGUGGACUGUAGAAGAGGAUGAGCUACUAGCCAGGGCUGUAGCGAUACAUGGUGAAAAGUGGGAUUUGGUCAGUAAAGGUGUACCUACGAGAAGUUAUCACCAAGUUCGACAAAGAUGGUUAAGAAAAACUGGAGCCUUUGACAAGAAAAAUCAAGCUGCCAAAGCGGAGCGGGAAGCCAAGACCGAAAGUGCCAACGAGGCCAAAUCUUCAAGCACAGAGAGAGAAGUGUAGCGACAUUGCAAUCAUAUAUUUUAAAAGAGAGUAGUUUGUGCCGAGGUUCAUCUAGCAUUUUGGGUUCUUUUUGAAUAUGUGCGAACGUGUCUUGUAGAGUAAAGCGACAAGUUUUGAGCUGUAAUUUCUCUUGUAUAGCAUAUUUGGAGCUUUCUUGCAAUUUUAUAGCAUGUGAAGCAGCUGGAACCCUUGAGUUUUCGGACUCUUCUGUCUUUGCGCUUUCGAUGCAUAGUGCUUUAGAU